AUGGUGCUCGCCUCUACGAGCAUCUCCGUCAUCGACGCAAGCUCGCCGUUCGUCCUCGAACUAUUGCAGGCCCUCAACUCCAUCCUGGUGUCGUCCCGCGACCACUGCGCCGCCACGCGCGGCCGGACACACCCGAACAGGCCUCUCUGCAACGGGCACCCACACUCGCGUCCGUGCCGGUCCACCGAAGCACGCCUCGCACUGGUCGGCGGCGCCGGCCGACGGGAAGCUGGUGUUGACCAAGGCCCCGCCUCGUCAUCCUCACGGACGCGCCUCCUGCUCGUCACCUCCUCUGAAGAGGCACUGGCGGUCGACGCGGCCGACGAGCUUGAGUCCCCCUCCGACGAGUGGUCAUCGGGGUCUUCGUCGUCGUCCAUGAACGAACGUUGCACCUGCACCCUGGCCUGGGCCCUCGCCCAGUCCCUUGCCUCCAUCCUUGCCGCCGCUGCCUCCUCAGCCGCCUCCUCCGCCUCCAGCCGCGUCCACCUCGCAUCCGAAUCCUCCACCUCCUCCUCCUCGCCAUCCUCGGCGACGGCGUCCCCCUCAUCAUGGCCGUCAUCGGGUGAUGGCCUCCACCUCCUCCUGGUCGUCCCCGAUGAUGGCCUUCGCCUCCUCCUCCUCGCCGUCCGCCGGCAGGGAGCUAGAGCUGCUCGGCGUGGCAGCUCUAUCCCACCAAUGCCGCCAUCCAGGUGGCUUCCCCUCGCUGUCCAUGUCCGACGGUAA